UUGAACUUUACUUGAAAAGAAGUCAAUUUAUUAAAAAAUUAAAAUAACUAUUUCCAGGAAACAGAAGCCCUUAAGAACUUCCGGGGCAACAGGAGUAAAACGGAAGAAGACGGUGGUUGUUGGAAAGAUGGCGGCGCACACGGAGAAGAAUAACAAGCCGGGGAAAUCUGGAGGAAAAGAGGCUCAGCCUCUGAUAAUCGCCAAAACUCCGGCCGAGGAACAACGUCUGAAGUUGGAGAGGUUAAUGAGAAACCCAGAUAAGGUCGCUCCCAUCCCGGACCGGCCGAAGGAGUGGAACCCGCGGGCUCCGCCGGAGUUCGUCCGGGACGUGAUGGGCUCCAGCGCCGGUGCAGGCAGCGGGGAGUUUCAUGUCUACCGACACCUCCGCCGCAGAGAGUACCAGAGACAGGACUUCCUGGACAAGAUAGCAGCCAAGUACAACGAAGACUUGCAGUAUCUGGAUAAGGUGGAUCAAAACCAACAAGACGCCGAAGAAAGAACAGCAAAGCGGCGGAAGAAGCGGGAAAAGCUGAAGCAGAAAAAGCUGAUGGCAAAGAAGGCAAAGCUGGAGUCCAAGAAGAAGCAGGAGGAGGAGGGCGACGAGGAGAAAAGCUCCGACAGCAGCGAAGAAGACAAGAAGGAGGACGAAGAGGAGGAGAGAGAGGCUGAGGAUGACGCCGAGGCUCCGAGCUUCAUCAUGGGGAAGAAGUGACCCCUUUGUUCCUUCAGGGGGACAGUCGGGACUGGCCACUGGUUUAUGGGUCUUCCAUAGUGGGAUUGCUGGUCAUCAGUCACAACAAUCCCCAUAACUUCAUGAAAGAAGCAAAAACAUUUGAAACCAGUUUGAGUCAUGUACAGGAGAAUGUGCUUUUAUAACCAAAAAACACCUGGAGGGACUGCCUAGUUUAAUAGGCAUCGAGUGCAUGAUUUUAAUCACACAAGAGUGAUCCAUGUUCCAGUUGGACUAAAGACAUGUUGAGACUAUUGUGCUUUGUCAUCAUACUUUUCAUAAUCUCAUUGUUGUUUUAGUUAUCAAUGUUUCAGCUAGCAGGACAGGGCUGCUUUUCUCUUUGAGUCUGCCAAAUUUAUGACAAUGUGUUUAGAAUUUUGACUUGAUUGGAUUGUUAAAUCUAUUUUUAAAAUAAAAAUGUGAAUAUACACAGAAAUUUGGGAUUUCAGUUUGUUCACAUUCAGAUUGCUAAAUUGUCUGUUUUGUUGUAAACCCUAUUGUAUAUGUAUGUGAGAUGUAUUUGGAGAAGUCUAUAUGUGCAUCACACUAGGACAUCUAACAAUUCUUUUCAUUUUCAUCAAUGAUUUGUCUGCAGAAGUCGUUUAGUGAAUAACAUGUCAAGUUUUUCCCUGACUUUGCAGCCUUGUGAAGCCGCUCCCUGCAUGGACUAUUGCUUGUGGGCACAACAAGGUUGCAGAGAGCAUCUCAAAGAAUGAAAAGGCGUGACUUCUGGAGGCUCAGGAGGUUCACGUGCGAUGUUCCUUGGACAAACUUCCUGCUUUCCACGGCGGUGACGGGCUUGUUCAGUAGCCAUCACCUUUCUUGAGGCAGGUAGAGUAAAAACUGACGGUCAGAUAUUGUUUGAAACAGGUGAAGCUCUUCCUGUCAGACACUGUCAACUGUCGCACAAAUAAUCUUUUUCCUUUCUCACAUGCAAAACCAUCAAUUACUGUUAUUGAUAAACUUAUUUUAAUAUUUUAGCUUCUCUUUAAACCCACAGCCUGCUUUAAAUGUUUUUUUACUCUCUCAUAUUAUACAAUAAUGUAUAUUCAAGAACUCAAGUCAAAUUUUGAAACUCAAAGUUCUCUGCUGAGGUUGCAUUUCAGUGUUUUAUACAAAUUCCAUUGCAGUAUAUAAAGAUAUUCCUAAGUGAU